CAUUAUGGCCUCGUCAUCAACACCUAAAUAUAAUUCAAACUCCUUGGAGAGUUCCUCAAGUAAAAGGACUCUAAAAGAUGGAACUAACUGGGAACAAAAUGAAGAAAUACCUCGUCUGCCAGGAGAGACUAGAGUUACAGACAAGGAGGUUAUUUAUAUGUGUCCAUUUAAUGGCCCUGUUAAAGGAAGAGUGUACAUCACAAAUUACAGGCUGUACCUAAGAAGCGUGGAAAACGAUCCAGUUGUGGUGUUGAACGUUCCGUUGGGUGUAAUUUCAAGGAUUGAAAAAAUGGGAGGGGCUUCCAGCAGAGGAGAGAACUCUUAUGGAUUAGAUAUAACCUGUAAAGACAUGAGAAAUUUACGGUUUGCAUUAAAACAAGAAGGGCACAGUAGAAGAGAUAUAUUUGAAGUCCUCACAAAACAUGCUUUUCCCCAGUCACAUAACUUGCUUUUUUUUGCAUUUGUGAAUGAAGAAAAGUUUUCUGAAAAUGGAUGGAUGGUGUACAGACCAAUGUCUGAAUACAGGAGACAAGGACUGCCUAAUGAUCGGUGGCGAGUAAGUUUUAUUAAUGAACAUUACGGGCUGUGUGACACAUAUCCAUCACUCUUGGUAGUGCCAUAUAACGCAACAGAUGAUGAUCUCAAGAAAGUUGCUGCCUUUAGGUCUCGAAAUAGAAUCCCGGUUCUGUCAUGGAUUCAUCCAGAGACUCAAGCUGUUAUUAUGCGCUGCAGUCAACCCCUUGUUGGAAUGAGUGGCAAGCGGAAUAAAGAUGAUGAAAGAUACCUUGAUAUCAUCAGGGAGGCCAAUGGGCAAAUCUCAAAACUGACCAUCUAUGAUGCUAGGCCAAAUGUCAAUGCUGUUGCAAACAAGGCAACUGGGGGAGGAUAUGAAAGUGAAGAUGCAUAUCCCAAUGCAGAACUUUUCUUCUUGGACAUUCAUAAUAUUCAUGUCAUGCGGGAAUCUUUAAAGAAGUUGAAGGACAUUGUUUAUCCUAAUGUGGAAGAAUCACACUGGUUGUCAAGUCUGGAAUCAACCCAUUGGUUAGAACAUAUAAAGCUUGUCUUGACUGGAGCUAUUCAAGUGGCAGACAAGGUAUCCUCUGGAAGGAGCUCUGUGUUGGUUCACUGCAGCGAUGGCUGGGACCGGACAGCCCAGCUAACAUCACUGGCCAUGCUGAUGCUUGACAGCUACUACAGAACAAUUGAAGGCUUUGAAGUUCUGGUGCAGAAAGAGUGGAUAAGCUUUGGACACAAAUUUGCAUCGAGAAUAGGCCACGGUGACAAAAAUCAUGCUGAUGCAGACAGAUCGCCCAUCUUUCUCCAGUUCAUUGACUGUGUGUGGCAGGUGUCUAAACAGUUUCCUACAGCCUUUGAAUUCAAUGAGCAGUUCUUGAUUACAAUCCUGGAUCACUUGUACAGCUGCCGGUUUGGUACUUUCUUGUAUAACAGUGAGUCUUCUAGAGAAAAAGAGAAAGUGACUGAGAAGACCUUGUCAUUAUGGUCUUUGAUAAACAGUGAAAAAUCUAAGUACACUAAUCCUUUCUAUACUAAAGAGCUAAAUCGAGCGCUCUAUCCAGUAGCCAGUAUGCGCCACUUAGAGCUCUGGGUCAAUUACUACAUCAGGUGGAACCCAAGGAUUCGGCAACAACAGCCAAAUCCAAUGGAGCAGCGAUACAUGGAGCUUCUUGCGUUACGUGAUGAUUAUAUAAGGAGACUUGAAGAACUACAGAUCACAAAUAAUUCUAAGAUAUCCAAUUCAUCAGCCUCUACGUCAUCUCCCUCACAAAUGAUGUCCCAAGUACAAACACAUUUUUGAAGGAAAUGUUGGCUGCGUCCUGUGCUGUCACAGCAAGCGGUGCUUAACAUAGAUCUCUAGCAUAAAGAGGAAGAUUUUAAUGCCUUACAUUAGACUCUCCUAACACAAAGUAUUUUAGGCUGUCUUUGUUUGAGGACAACUUCAAAGCAAACAAAACCAGCUUCAGUUACGUGCCUUUCAGAACCUGUGGACUGGGAACGUUAUUAAUCAGCUUCUAGUUAUGGAGGGCUUCAAGAGUUAUCUUGGAAAGUCUGGUACAAUUGAAGUGAAUUUGAUUGUUUUCAUUAAGAAUGCUUUCAUUUAUUACA